CAUUUCUCGGUAAAACGAAUGGGCUGCUUGUGCUGCUAGCCUCGUGAUUUUGGGCUACGGUGCUGAAAGGGCUGAAGGGACCCAACGAUGGGACGUCGUGCAGCGUCAGAAUUUCGUUGUAAAUUACGCCUCAUCUGGUAAGACGAGCGGACCAGUUCCGUGGCAAACGGAAAGCAGAGCAGAUAAGCUAUCGAAAACGAACCAACCGACCGUCUGAGUCUGAUAAAAGCUGAUCUUCGAAAUGGAACGCGUUGGCAUACGGUGUUGCAGUAUCGGUGUAAUUAUUCCGUUAUCGAAGGCGGACGAUGCAGAUGAGCUAACGGUGCACGAUGCCGUUUACGGUACGUUUCGCUUACCAGCGUACGUACGAACCGUUGUGCAAACGGCCGAAUUUAUGCGGCUAAAGCAUUUGAAGCAGCUUGGCGUAUCGAACGCAGUAUUUGAAGCGGCCGUACACACCAGAUACGACCACUGUUUGGGAGCAUGUUACCUUGCCGGAUGUCUGCUGGACGAGGUGAACAAGAUGCUGGACAAACCAGUUACCGAAGAUGAAAGGAAGUGUGUGAUGUUGGCUGCCGUGAUGCACGAUUUGGGCCACGGUCCGUUCUCCCAUUUGUGGGAAAAAUUUGUCGAAGAGUAUGGUGUUCAUUGGAGGCACGAACGAUCCUCGGUUGAUCUCGCGCAACGUGUAUUAGACCGCAUGGAAGGCGUGUCGGAAAAGCAGAUAAAUCUUAUUUGUGCCUUAAUACGAGGCGACGCAUCCCAACUGCUGCCCGCCGAUCGCCAGUUUAUGACGCAAAUCGUAGCCAGUGAUGUGGAUGUGGAUCGGUGCGAUUAUCUGCAGCGUGACGCUCACGGUGUACCGGGCAUAAUACAACCGUCGCAACCAUUUCGCCGGCUGUUCGAACGGGUACGGGUCGUAUCGGUACAGGGGAAGGGCUCGGAGCUCGCGUACCACUGGGAGGACUAUCCGCUGGUGUACGAAAUGGCAUGCGCGCGCCAAACGUUUCAUCGCCGCUGCUAUCAACAUCCGAAGGUGUUGGGUGCGGAACUGAUGAUGCUGGACGUGAUGCACGAAGCCGAACGGGCGGGCUUUCGAUUCGCGCGCGAUGGAAAAAGUGAGCAACUGUCGAAGAUACACGGCAAUCCCGAGCUGUUCAAGUAUUUAAACGAUGAUAUUUCUGCUGAGCUGGCCUCCAGCAGUCUUCCCGGGCUCGAGCGAGCCAAAGCAAUCAUUGGCCGUAUGCAAAGCAAAGAUCUGUACGCGGAGAUUGCUCGCUUUCCGGUUGACAUGACAAAAGAGAUAAAGCAUUACAACUGCCAACGGGGAGAGUCCAUUGUGACGCAAGCGGUUCGAUACAUAAAAUCAUCGAACCAAUGGUUCGCUAGCUUUAACGUUACCUUCUACAAACCCGGUACCGGCGGUGACGGUAUCGAAAUUGUUUCCCUGGAGGAAGCAAGGAACCUAAACAACCGUGCCGUAACCACGUUCGAGACGGCCGACGAGAUAAGGGAGUAUAUCCUCUACUGUACCAGCACCGAUCCGGAUGGCCAAAGCGAGGCCAAGCAGCACUUUACGAACCUACGAAACGAAACGACGACCGCGGGUAGCUAGUCGUUCGUUAUUUUUUCUUUUUAAUUUAUUUUUUGUUUCUUCACUCACCUCACUACAUCAUAAUAUGCAAGAGGCUGUUAUUGUGUUCCCUUUUUGGCCCUGUAGUUGUGAGCUACGCGUAUGUUGAAUUUCAAUGCAAUUUAAGUAACAUCACUACUUUCGUUUUAGCGUGCAGUGUGAAUACAAACCAAAAAUACAAAGCUAAAAGAGUUAUAUUAAAGAUCGUUUUCUUAUUUGGAAAGUUUUUAAAACUCAA